AUGGGCAACCGAGGCUGUGUUUCAGCUACACCAGACAAACACGGCUACAUCUCUAUUUCUCUUGGAACAAGGCAUGGAGACCAUGGCGGAUGGGAAAGUCGUGCCUUUGAAAAAGCUGUACAGGGGUCACAAGGGACAAGCUUCCAGGGCUCCGUGGACUGCCCCAAUGUGGAGUUUGAAUACGGGGAUGCCGACAGCUACGCUGCUGAAUUAUCAGAACUGUACAGCUACACGGAGGAAGCAGAGUUCUCCAUCAACAGGAAGUGCUUCGAAGAGGACUUUCAAAGCCAAGUGCAGGGCAAGAGGUGGCCGGAGCUGGACCGGGCUCAGCAAAAGGCCUACGUGAUGCACUUGCUGGAUGGGCUGGAGGUGGUCCACAGGGACAAGAGACUGAAAGCAGCCCGAGCCGUCCUUUAUCUGGCACAAGGUGUGUUUGGAGAGUGUGACAUGGAAGCAGAGGUCCUGCGCUGGUCUCGGCACAAUAACUUCCUGUUAUAUCAGAUGGGGACUUUCACCGCCUUCCUGGAGCUGCUGAACAUGGAGAUAGACAACAGUCAGGCCUGCAGCAGUGCCUUGAGGAAACCAGCCAUCUCCUUAGCGGAUAGCACGGAGCUCAGGGUGCUGCUGAGCGUUAUGUACCUGAUGGUGGAGAACAUCCGCGUGGAGGCGGAAAACGACCCGCCCGAGUGGAAGAGCUCCCGGGAGACUUUCAGGAUGGAGCUGAGCUUUCCCGUGCACAGCGAAGAGCCGUUUGCUCUGCUGCUCUUCACCAUGGUGACCAAGUUCUGCAGCGGGCACGCCCCCCACUUCCCCAUGAAGAAAGUCCUGCUUUUGCUGUGGAAGGUGCUGCUGUUCACACUGGGGGGAUUCGAAGCCCUCCAGGCCAUGAAAGUGAAGAAGCGGGAGGAGCUGGGUCUGCCGCCGCUCCCGGAGGACAGCAUCCAGGUGAUGCGCCGCAUGCGGGCUGCCUCGCCUCCCACCUACACCAUUGAUCUGCUGGACCAGCAGUCGUCGAAACGCGGGCACCGGAGCCGGCGGCCCCUCGUGAAGCAAGACAGCCUGGAUAUCUACAACGAGAGGGACCCUUUCAAGAACGACGAGGCUGCCGCGGAUGAAGAGGAAAGCGACGAGGGGGACAGCGGGGUGGAAGGGGAGCUGGACCUGAUGGAGCGGGAUGCGAUCAUGCCAGCAGGGCCAGCUCAGCGCCCACCCAUCGAGCGGGUGUCCUUCCCCAAAGGGCUUCCAUGGGCACCCAAAGUCAGACAGAAGGACAUUGAGCAUUUCCUGGAGGCAAGUAGGAACAAAUUCAUUGGAUUCACCCUUGGACAAGACACGGAUACCUUGGUAGGGUUGCCCCGGCCCAUCCACGAAAGCGUGAAGACGCUAAAGCAGCACAAGUAUGUCUCUAUCUCGGAUGUGCAGAUCAAGAACGAAGAGGAAUUGGAGAAGUGUCCGAUGUCACUGGGGGAGGAGAAAGUCCAGGAGACCCCUUGUGAGAUGCUCUAUCAGGCAAUGUUAUACAAUCUCCCCCAGUAUAUGAUUGCUUUGCUGAAGAUUCUCCUGGCGGCCGCACCCACCUCCAAAGCCAAGACCGACUCUAUCAACAUCCUGGCAGACGUGUUGCCCGAGGAGAUGCCCAUCACGGUUCUUCAGAGCAUGAAGUUGGGGGUCGAUGUGAACAGGCACAAGGAGAUCAUCGUGAAGGGCAUUUCGGCCUCGCUGCUGCUGCUGCUGAAGCAUUUCAAAGUCAACCACAUCUACCAGUUUGAGUACGUGUCUCAGCACUUGGUGUUUGCCAACUGCAUCCCGCUGAUUCUGAAGUUCUUCAAUCAGAAUAUCAUGUCCUACAUCACUGCCAAAAACAGCAUCUCUGUCCUGGAUUAUCCCCACUGCACAGUCCACGAGCUGCCGGAGCUCACUGCAGAAAGCCUGGAAGCUGGGGACAACAACCAGUUCUGCUGGAGGAACCUGUUCUCUUGUAUUAACCUGCUGAGGGUUCUGAACAAGCUGACCAAGUGGAAACAUUCUAGGACCAUGAUGCUGGUGGUUUUUAAAUCUGCCCCCAUCCUGAAACGCGCUCUGAAAGUGAAACAGGCCAUGAUGCAGCUUUACGUGCUGAAGCUCUUGAAGAUCCAGACCAAGUACCUUGGGCGCCAGUGGAGAAAGAGCAACAUGAAAACGAUGUCUGCCAUUUACCAGAAAGUGCGGCACCGCAUGAACGAUGACUGGGCUUAUGGCAACGAUAUUGACGCCAGACCAUGGGAUUUCCAAGCUGAAGAAUGCACACUCAGAGCCAACAUUGAAGCCUUUAAUAGUCGGAGAUAUGAUAAAUCCCAGGACUCAGAGUUUGCACCGGUGGACAACUGCUUGCAGAGUGUGUUGGGGCAACGGCUGGAGCUCCCUGAGGAUUUCCAUUACUCCUAUGAACUCUGGCUAGAGAGAGAGGUGUUUUCACAGCCAAUCCGCUGGGAAGAGUUGCUACAUUAUCAGUGACAAUGACAGGACUAUGUGAACCAAAUACCAUCUCUGUAAGGCUCUGAGAUGCCAUUUCCCGGGGAAAGGAAAGGAGAAGUCGCUCUCUGACUGGGAUGGUCUAAAGUCUGGCAAAAAAAAAAAAAAAAACCUCCCUUGUAAGAAUUGCCUUUAAAUACUCAAGACACCCUAAGCUGUGGUACCUAUCUUUUAGAGAUCUUCCCAUUCCUCCAAUUUUUAGAGACCAUCUAAUAUAAAUAGACCUGCACGUAGAGGUUGAGGGCCAAAUUCUGAUGUUACACUGGUGACACUCUAGAGCAGAGGUGGGCAAUAACACAGCAGCGGUUCUCCAGGGUUAACCCCUGGUGGGCCACUGCUAUAUUUACCUGCAUGGCCGCAGGUGUCGGCAAUUGCAGCUCCCGUUAGCUGUGGAUCGCUGUUCCCGGCCAAUGGGAGCAGCAUAGACUCAGACACCACUUCCUGCAUCUCCCAUUGGCCAGGAAUGGCAAUCCGCGGCCAACAGGAGCUGUGAUCGCCAGUACCUGCAGCCGUGCAAGUAAAUAUACCAGAGGGAGCCCGCCAGGAGCUAACGCAGACAAACCGGAUCCAGCUCGCGGACCGGUAUUUGAUCACCCCGAUCUAGAAUAAACUCGACUGGCAUCAGUGGAGAUUACUCUAGGUUCAUACCAGUGUAAUGGAAAUCAGAAUCUGGCUCUGAAUAUCCUAACUUUAGUGUUCAUGUAUGAUAAGCUUGCUGUUUCUAUACUGUGUUUCUAUAAGUUUCUAUACUGUCAAAGGUGUUUCUUUGCUUUGUCUGACUGCCUUGCACUGUACACACUUCAGGAAACUUUCCUUUAUUUAACUUAGAACAUCACGUGAGAGAUGAUUAAACAUCCUGCUACCACCUAGAUUAGACAGCCUAAUACCUCAAAGAUUGAAAGUAAACAAUAACUGGGGGUAUUUUUACCAUUUCAGCAGAAGCUACAGCUUGAAAAAGCCAAUGGAAAUGAAACACCUUUUGCCUCUAGAGAUGGAACCUCACUGCUGCGUCCUGUGUUGUACAACCAACGACUUUGGUUUCCAGAACUGGCAGUUUUGUAUCUUUGACUACACCUGUGAAUCCAACACUUUCUUCCAUCACUACGUUCAUUUAACUUUGUAUGAAAGCAAAAUUAACAGUAAGAUAUCUGUGAUAUCUACUCGUAGCUGUAGAGGAGUUAGAUAGUCCGAGGUCUCUUCAUAAUAUUUCAAAGAGUGUAGACUUCUUGACUAAACAUUACCAGCCUAAACUGCAAAAGGUGCCAUGUAAGAGAUUCUUGUGUAGUAUAGGUUCCUGGUUAAUUUACAAUGAUUUUUUCCUUCUCUUUCUAGAACUGUGCAGAGAAGAUACGGCAGCAGGGCCAUUUUUAUGAAGUGCGAUUACUGUAACCUGUUAGAUUCCAACUUAACUCUUUCCAUUGCUUUGUGAUACAUCUAGCCCUGUAAGUGAAGGAAAUGGCAAAGUCAUGCUGAAAGUGACCCUUCUGACUUUUUGAGACAAAGGAAUUUUAGUGUUGAGGGGCUAUUUUUUGUACUCUAUGGGAGGCGAGGGGGAUAGCAUUUACUGAGUAGAGUAUAAUGAACUUUAUUGCCUACAGCUUUGUGGUGGUGUGUGAGAAUUUAGGUGAGAGACGGCUACAACUUGGAAAGUUUAGGGCUUAGUAUAAAUAUUCAGGUAUAGUCUCCCUUCAUUUAAGCCUGUAUUGGCUGGGUAAAACAACUGAGAGUUGCUUAUGUGAUUGAACAAAAUAAUUUUUCCAGUAUAUUAAAGUCAACGGCUAAGCCACUAAAUGAGAUUUGGCUCUUGGCAUGGGGUAUGCACUAUAAAAUCCAUAACAGUCAGAGCUAUAUAUGACCAGAAUGGGUUUGUUGAAAGCAACAUUCAAGGAAUAGUAGCAGUGCCUAAAUGCUGUGAGUUUUCCGGGUAGCGUCCAUCAGCAUUGAAGAGCCAAAGCCUUAGAACAAUGGGUUUUUACCUUUUUGUUUGUUCUUUCUGAACACUGGAAUUCAGCUUUUGUACGAACAACAGACGUUAGUAUAUUGCAGACUAAACUUUAUCAUUUUAGGCUGCCCUGGUUGCAUCUCAAGUGGACGUAUGAUAAGCCCACAAAUUUGUUACGUCAGCAUCUGUGAUCAUUACUACGGAACUAGGCUGAGAAUGGUUCUUAAUGUGUUUUGUAUAAUAAAAUAUUUUUCAAAGAAAUGGCAAUAGUAAAUCUGUACACUUCUUGAAUACGUUGUGUGAAAAAUAAAGCAGAGUGACUUGUCCAUUGUGUGCAUUUCCUCAAAUUAAAGUGUCAAAAGAAAAGUUCCUAAUGUUCUUUGUAUAAAUUCAAGGCUUGUGCGGUCCUACUCUCAGCACCCUGAACUCUUAUCUCUCUGCUUCAGGUCAAUGC